CAUUUUAUUUCUCCCGAAGCUUCUGUAUCCCUCUUUCAGUUUCCACUUCUUCUACCAUCCUUCAGUACAUCAUUUUCCUUCCUCUCUUUCAAUAUACCAUAUUUCUUCCAUAAACCAUACACAUGUGAGAUCAAUUUCACAUCUAAUCAAAGAUAUCUCAACUCUUACAAGUGCUCUUGGGUGGGAUUUUGAGUUUGGGUUUGUGGAUUAAGAAAGGAGAAGAAUGCCAUACUGUGAAAGUUGAUCAUUAAGACUUCUUGGAGAUAUGAUGCCAGAUGUUUCAUAUGCUACUUCAGGAGUGGUUAGAGAGCAGACUUAGUUGAUGUGCCUUAACUCAAUGGAUUCAGAAAUGGUAAAGAAGCUUGGAACAUCUCUCUUGGUUCCUUCUGUCCAAGAGCUAGUAAAGCAACCCAUCGCCAAAGUUCCAGAACGAUAUGUUCAGCAAAACCAAGAACCUUCUGUAGUAUCUAGCACAAUCUCUUUACCACAAGUUCCAGUCAUCGAUUUGAAGAAGUUAUUGUCUGAAGAAGAUGGAACUGAACUAGAAAAAUUCGAUCAUGCAUGCAAAGAAUGGGGUUUCUUCCAGUUGAUCAAUCACGGAGUCAAUCCUUUAUUGGUGGAAAAUUUUAAAAAACUUGUCCAAGACUUCUUCAAUCUGCCAGUGGAAGAGAAGAAAAUAUUAUCUCAGAAACCAGGAGAUAUGGAAGGUUUCGGUCAGAUGUUUGUUGUAUCAGAUGAACACAAACUGGAAUGGGCAGAUUUAUUCUACAUUAUCACUCAUCCAUCAUACAUGAGAAAUCCAAACUUAUUUCCUAGUAUUCCCCAACCAUUCAGAGAAAAUCUAGAGAUGUACUCUUUAGAACUGAAAAAGCUAUGUGUGACGAUCGUUGAAUUUAUGUCAAAAGCAUUAAAGAUCCAAAAAAAUGAAUUGCUAGAGUUGUUUGAAGAGGGAGGUCAAGCAAUGAGGAUGAAUUACUAUCCUCCUUGUCCCCAACCAGACAAAGUCAUUGGACUCAAUCCUCAUUCUGAUGGUACUGCCCUUACCAUUCUUCUCCAACUCAAUGAAAUAGAAGGCCUUCAAAUAAAAAAAGAUGGAAUGUGGAUUCCUAUUAAGCCUCUCACAAAUGCUUUUGUUAUCAACAUUGGAGACAUGCUAGAGAUAAUGACGAAUGGUAUUUAUCGAAGUAUUGAACAUCGAGCAACAAUUAACUCAGAGAAGGAGAGGAUUUCGAUUGCCACAUUUCACAGUGCUAGGUUGAAUGCAAUUCUUGCUCCAGUACCAAGCCUUAUUACUCCUAAAACUCCUGCAGUGUUCAAGGACAUUAGUGUGGAAGAUUUCUUCAAAGGAUAUUUCUCACGCAAGCUUGAAGGAAAAUUGUACAUUGAUGACAUGAGGAUGAAAAAUGAGUGAUAGUAAUAAUGCAUUGGCAUGGAAAAUUAAAUAAAGAUCAUAGCAAAUAAAGUCAUGUUGGAUGUGAUGUUGUACAAUAUAAUAAUGUCAGUUUGAAUUUACUCUUUGUUUAGUAAUGUCAGUUUAUCUAUAAUAUACACCAAAGUGCAUAAGAACUUACAUUUGAAA